GAGGCGCAGAUACGGAUUCCGCCGUAAACCCCUCCCCUAUCCCCCCUCCUCCUCCUCGCGGCCUCGGCGAGCUCUCCUCUCCUCCCCUCGCUUCGCCUCUCGCCGAGCCGCGCCGGGCCGCGACGCCGCGCUCCUCUCGUCGUGAUGCCCGCGCGCGCCGCCGCCGCCGCCUGCUCCGGGCGCUAGCCGUGCCGCGUCGCCCAAGACGGCGGCGCCUGGUGGCUUCGGCUGCGGGUGCGGGCUAGCGGGAGGGGGAGGAGGAGGGAGGGGAGGGGGGAGGCUGAGGCGGCUCGUGGGGUCCAUAGCGAUGGCCGCUCCGGCGCCGGCGCCGGCGCCCGCGCAGCUGCGGCGGUGCCCGUGCUCCGCGCCUCUCUGGGCUGCGCCGCCGUCGCCCUUCCGCUGCCGCCGCCGCCGCGGCGGCGGCUCGCUGUCCUCGCCGUUCAUCGGUGGUGGAAGGCAGGAGUACUCGCAUAGUAGUUCAGGGAUUGGAGUUAAAGACAACAGUGCUUUCAAGAUUGGAGUGUAUAACAACUUCAGUGUGCAAAGUAACGCACAAGAAUGGAUUGAGGAGAGCAAGAGAAUAUCUUCGAUCAAAACCAGGAAUAGUGUGGGAAAUACUAUUUAUAAUGGUUCCACUCAUCUACGAGCAGGAGUUCUUCAUCAUGAACCCUUGGAAGAUUACAAAAGUUCCAAAUAUUCUUCAUUGUACAGUGUAAGAGAAAGAAUGGCACCUAAUUCUCUUGCAAAUAGGCAUGCUAACAUGGAACUGACAAAGCAUCAUCUGAUGAAUCAAGCUGUAAGUGCUGUGUCAGCACUGACCAGUGUUGUCAACGAUGACAUUAAACCACUCAACAAGCCUAGUGGUUCUGAACUGAAGACUCAAUGGCCUGGUGGUGCUAAGAUUGAUGCUUCUGUACUGAAGAUUUCUAAAGUUGAGACAAGCCUGCAGUUUGAUGACGAAGUUAGGGAUGGUUCUGAUGGAGAUUUGCCUGAAUGCACAGCCAAGAAGACAGUACAAGACUCUCCAGCUACAGUACAGGAUUCUCCAGUUAAGGCACCCAUGUCCAAGGAGUCUAUAGAUGCGAGGAAGGCACUUGCUACUGUGUAUGAUAAAGUUCUGGUGGUUGACAAUGUGAAAUCAGCUAGGGGUGUUGUUCAGUUGCUUACUUCAAAGUACAAAAACUUCAUUCAUGCAUGUGACACAGAGGUAGCUAAUAUUGACGUUAAACAAGAGACACCAGUGGGCCAUGGAGAGGUCAUUUGCUUUAGCAUCUACUCUGGCAACUCUGAUGCAGAAGCAGAUUUUGGAAAUGGCAAAACAUGCAUUUGGGUGGAUGUGCUGGAUGGUGGGCGAGAUGUCCUCAUGGAGUUUGCUCCAUUUUUCGAGGACCCUUCAAUCAGGAAGGUUUGGCACAACUAUAGUUUUGAUAGCCAUGUCAUAGAGAACUAUGGAAUCAAAGUUGCUGGGUUUCAUGCUGAUACAAUGCAUCUUGCACGACUUUGGGACUCUUCAAGAAGAACUGAUGGAGGUUAUUCACUUGAAGGACUUACAAAUGAUCACAGAGUCAUGGGUGCUGUACCAAAGGAAUUACAAAAGAUUGGAAAGAGAUCAAUGAAAACCAUCUUUGGUUGGAAAAAGAUUAAAAAGGAUGGAUCUGCAGGGAAAAUUAUCUCUAUGGAGCCUGUCAAAGUGUUACAAAGGGAUGACAGAGAAAUGUGGAUAUGUUAUUCUUCAUUAGAUUCAAUGAGUACCUUGCGACUUUAUGAAAGUUUGAAAACCAAGCUGGAAAAAAAGCACUGGACUUUUGAUGGUUGCCCUAGAGGUUCCUUGUAUGAUUUCUAUGAGGAGUAUUGGCGUCCCUUUGGUGCCCUUCUUGUCAAGAUGGAAACAGCUGGAAUGCUUGUCGACUGUGCUUAUCUUUCAGAAAUUGAAAAGGUUGCUGUUGCACAGAGGAAACUAGCUGCAGAUAAAUUUCGGAAAUGGGCAUCUAAAUAUUGUCCUGAUGCAAAGUACAUGAAUGUCAACAGCGAUACUCAGAUUCGUCAACUGUUCUUUGGUGGUAUAGAGAAUAGAUGCAAACCUGGUGAAACUUUGCCGAAGAGUAAAAUUAUUAAAGUGCCAAAUGAUGGAAGCCUUGUUGCAGAGGGCAAGAAGACUCCAAAGUAUCGCACUAUUGAACUUUUCAGCAUUGUGGAAGAUCUGAAAACCGAUCUAUUUACUGCAAGUGGCUGGCCUUCAGUAAGUGGGGAUGCAUUGAGAAGUUUGGCUGGUAAACUGACAACUGAUCUUGUUUACACAAUAGAUGAUUUAGAGGAUGAUAAAUGCAGCAGCGAUUCAGAAAUUUCUGAGAAUGAUCUAAAUGACACUGCCUCUUACGGAACUGCAUACGAAGCAUUUGGUGGAGGAAAAAAAGGAAAGGAAGCGUGUCAUGCCAUUGCGGCUCUCUGUGAGAUAUGUUCUAUUGACUCAUUGAUAUCCAACUUUAUUCUUCCCUUACAGGGGAAUCAUAUAUCAUGUACGGAGGGGCGGAUCCACUGUUCAUUAAAUAUAAACACAGAAACAGGGCGUUUGUCAGCAAGAACACCAAAUUUACAGAAUCAACCUGCACUGGAAAAGGAUAGGUAUAAAAUCCGUCAAGCUUUUGUGGCUGCUCCCGGGAACUCUCUCAUUGUUGCUGAUUAUGGUCAGUUGGAGCUCAGGAUCUUGGCACAUCUUGCUAAUUGUAAAAGUAUGUUAGAUGCUUUCAAAGCUGGUGGUGACUUCCAUUCCAGGACAGCUAUGAACAUGUACCAGCAUAUCCGUGAUGCUGUUGAAGAAAGGAAAGUGCUUCUUGAAUGGCAUCCUCAACCUGGCCAAGACAAACCUCCUGUACCCUUGUUGAAGGAUGCUUUUGGUGCUGAGAGGAGGAAAGCUAAAAUGCUUAAUUUCUCCAUUGCAUAUGGAAAAACACCUGUUGGGCUUGCUCGGGAUUGGAAGGUUUCUGUUAAGGAAGCAAAGGAUACCCUGAAACUCUGGUACAGAGAUAGAAAAGAGGUUUUAGCUUGGCAAAUUAAACAAAAAGAAUUAGCACAGGAGAAGUGUGAAGUUUACACUUUGCUUGGGCGGUCACGCCGCUUUCCUAACAUGGCUCAUGCAACUCCUGGUCAAAGGGGUCACAUCGAGCGGGCUGCUAUCAAUGCACCAGUGCAGGGCAGUGCAGCAGAUGUUGCUAUGUGUGCAAUGCUUGAGAUAGAUCGGAAUGCUCGUCUUAAGGAACUUGGUUGGAGGCUUCUCUUGCAGGUGCAUGAUGAAGUGAUACUGGAAGGACCCACGGAGUCUGCUGGUCUAGCCAAGGCCAUAGUGGUUGAAUGCAUGUCUAAGCCCUUCUACGGCACCAACAUCCUGAAUGUUGAACUGGCUGUUGAUGCCAAGUGUGCACAAAAUUGGUACGCGGCCAAGUAAACCGUCAUAUCAUCAUCUCCCCUUGUUGACUCCAAAGCCCUGCAGAUUUGCAUCCCGGAAAUGCAUCUAAUUUAAUGACAAAAUAUGCUCUGAGCCAAUAUGAAGUAUGAACUGCCAGAACUGUUAAGGUUUGUCCUGGUGGCUGGGAGGCAUGCUUUGAGCUAAUAUUCGGGAGCGAAGGCAUUGUACGCUGUAGGUUGGAUAGCUUGACUUCCACAUUCUUCCAAAUAGGAUCGUUCAUCUUUUUGUCACGAGUAGCUGACUCCUGCUGGACUUUGGAGUUUAGUAGGAAGCACUAUGCAUGCGAUUGUUGAUAAUUUGUUUAGCAUGCUGAUGUACUAGGUUAGGUGACCCUAUACUGAUGAUAUCUGAUGCCGUGCGACAUACCGCAACUUGUUUGAUGAGCGUUCUUCAACCUCGUUUUCCCUAUUUAUCUGAAAUUCUCGAAUUUUGUGGUGGCUUGAAUGAAAGCCUGCAUCUGGAUUCUGGCGGACGCAAAUUCCAUCUUUAACAAGAGAGGAUCAACCACAAAAUUCAAAAUGCAGAAAAGGGACAGGAAGAGCAU